GCCUAUCCCUGCGCCAUGGUCUUGCUCGAGAGGGAGGGGGCGCUGCUGCUUCUGCUGUUUGUCUUCCUUUGGCUCCGCCGCCAUGAACAGCGUGGGCGAGGCUUGCACGGAGCUGAAACGGGACUACGACCAGUGCUUCAACCGCUGGUUCGCCGAGAAGUUCCUGAAGGGCGAAGGCGGCGGCGGAGGAGGAGGAGGCGAGAGCGGCGGGGAGCCCUGCCUCCAGCUCUUCAAGCGGUACCAGCUCUGCGUCCAGAAAGCGAUCAAAGAGAAGGAGAUCCCCAUCGAAGGGCUGGAGUUCAUGGGCCCCAGCAAAGGGAAGUCAGAAAACUCUUCCUGACCGCUGGGGCGGCUGGAAAAGGAUCUUUCAAAUGCUGGCAAACCGUCAAAGACUUUGGAACAGAUGAUGAACUGAAACCCGAGGAUUUGCCUCCCCUCGAAUCCCGUCCGCCGUAUCUCCGUUUUUACCGACAAUUGGGGAAGGGUUUCUGAUUUUCAACUGAAUGUAUUUUUAACUGCAUAAUCAGGGAGAGGUAUAGGGAUGACGUAUGAUCACUUUGAUUUCUGGGAACGUUGCUGUCAAAGGGCUAUCUGAGGGGCCUGAUUGGUGAAUGGAUCGAUCUGUUUUGGUGGGUAGAUCCUUCAAUCUUCUCUGUCCCUCUCAAAACUCUCCGGAAAGGCCUCUUCUUUGGCUGCAGCGGGGUUUUAAAAUGUAGCAUCCAUGGAAAAUUAUGCUUCUGAAAUUGAUUGUCCUUUUUUGGCAGAACAUGUACUAUGCUGCGCAUGAUUAUUUAUUUAUUCACAAUCUUGUGAAGAAAUUCAGUCUUCCCUCCUUUAUGAGAAAGUUCUAGGUCCAUCCUUUAUUUUGACAGAAGCAAUGUGCUUAGAACGUUUGUCCAGCUAUCAGGGCUGGCUAGUGAAAAACAAGGAUGGGUGAACAUUAAUUAUAUUUCCCCCCUUUAAGAAUGACAAAGAGCUGUGGGUACCAUUUCAUCUCUGUACCUCAGUAAAUGGAGAAAGCAAAUGAGGUCUAUAGGCAUCAAUCCAGAUUCAGAGCUAGUUGAAAUGAGCCAGCUUCAUUUUAACUGCCUGCCUCCAGAUUACAAAAGGAAAUCUGGAAGUGAAGGCAAGUGGGUCGCUUUCUUAAGAUAGAAAUCUGAGGUGGUAAUUGUGAUCUUCCAUGUUGGGCUGCAAUGCCUAUUACUCCUAGCUGGCUUAGCCAAAGGUGAAGAAUGCUGGGAGUUGCAGUCCAAUGUGUAGAUUGGACUGCAACUCCUCAUGAUUUCUUCCCCAAUCCAAGUGCUUGCUGUGCUAGUUGUGAUGCCUUCUCUUGGUACCAAGGAAGCAAAGCUCAAGCCACUCAAGGGUAGGACCUGGGUGAGAGCUUUGCUUGCGGCACCUUUUUGUCUUCUUGCCUGUGCUCUCUUGCGAGAGGCAGAAUCCUCACAUCUCUUUGCUUCCAGCCACGCCAGGCUUUUGUAGUAGGGGCUAGUUUUUAGUUCAGUGCUAAUGACGAUGCGUUAUCCCUCUCCUUCCCUUAUUGAGGCAACCAUCGUGGUGUGCUUUAGAAUCUACUAGUGACUCUAGAGGACCCUGUCAAGUCAGUUGGCUUGGACCUUGCCAGCAAACUCCAGUUCAUAAUUUGGAAGGAAUCACCGUAGCAGGGAAAAGCUGACAUUUGAAAUUCCUCCCCCCUGAAGACCCAAUGCUGGGAAGUUGCUAUUGGGGAAGGGGCAACAAACCGCUCACACAAGGCACCUUCCAAACUGGACAUGAUCUUCCUGUUCUUCAUAGAGAAGCAAAAAGGCUCCCUGAUUGUGGCUGCUGCUGUAGACAUUUCUUGCCACAGAAAGUGCCUUAUAUCCAAGCUGCUCUGUAUUUAUGUGUCUGUCUUCCGCUAUGGGCAAAAUGGGACUUGACUUCAGCAAAUAAAAUGUACAACAGCA